AUGCGAGGAUGGGGCCGGAACGCCGACUACGGUUGGGAAGAGGAAGACGACGGCCUCAAGGUCUACGUCGCCGUCGAGCCGGAAGCGACGAGCCGCGACAUCGACUGCGUCAUUGGUCCGAAGGAACUCUUCCUCAAACUGCGCCACAGAAAGAUGCCUCUCAUCGAUGGCGCGUUAAAGGGACCCGUCUCCGUCGAGAAUUCCUACUGGAGCAUUGAGAGCAUCACCGCCAGAAACCGACUCCCCCAAUGCCUCACUGCCUCUUCCGCUUCGCUGCCUCAUUCCGCUUCUCAUGCUCCGCCUCAUUCCCCUUCUCCUUCUCCCUCUUGUUCUCCUUCUCCCUCUUGUUCUCCUUCGUCUCCCCCUUCUUCGCCCUCCUCUUCUCCGCCUCGGGUUCCGUCAGAAGCGGAAAUUGCAGAGGCGCCGUGGCUCGGCCUCGACCUCGUGGAGAAUCGUCCUGCGCCGCCUGCAGAGAAGGCGUUGGGGAAGCUGGUCACGGUGUAUCUGCAGAAGAAGCGGCUGCGAGGGACAGGCUUGGCGGUUGGCGGCGCCAGCGCCGGCGUGCCGUUUCCCGAGUGGGGGGGCGUGCUGGAGGGCGAGGAAGUUGAAGAUCUCUUCUACGACAUCCUCCCCUCGAAGAUGCGCGACGUGACGCCUGCCCAUCGCGCACAAGACUGGGUCCCGGGAGCGCUCCUCUACCGCCAGCCGUUCCCGGCGACUUUCACGCGUCAAGAGGCGCUGCAGUUCAUCGACGCUUGGACGCGGUCCCAGAGCGCGAUAGGGGCUGAGGCGAUUGUGGCGGGGCCUGCGCUGUCGCGCGCCACGCCCACGUCGAAUUCGUCUCUUCUCGCCAAGGCCCAGUCCUUGCUCGCUCCGCACUCCGACGCUGCAGGCUCCUUCGGACUCCCCGCGACGCAAAUGUUCAUCCUGGCCUCGCCUCUUCCCGAUGGGGUGCGCCUCUCCUUCGAAGGCCCCGCCGCCCGCGCUGUAGGUGCGGGCUUCGAAGGCGAGCGGCGGGCUGGCGACGCGGGCCGAGAGCCGCGACGCAGCAGCCAGGCGUUCUCUGCGUCUGUGCCGGAGGCGCGCUCGGCGCUCUUUGGCCAGUCGCUCUCGCUGGCGUCGGAGCAGGUUCUGCAGACCGGCGGGAAGACGCGAGACCCGCGAUACGACGAGGACGGCCAGUGGCUGCCGGAAGACAGCCUGGAAAUCCGCGUCGUCGGCGAAGAAGGCCCGGAGGCCCGCGAAGAAGACGGAGGAAGAGAGUCUGGACCGGCAGCGCGAGAAAGCCUGCAGGAGCGGCUCAAGAGGCAGACGUUCACCUUGGAGCUGGUCGUUUUGAGAGGGCCUGUGGGGUCCGGAGGGAAGGGCGCGUUCGGGCCGCUCGUCAGCUUGCAAGUCCGCGACACAGAGGAGCGGCUGCUGAAGAAACUGCAGCAAGAUCUCCUCGGAGUCACGCUCGCGAUGCGCGAGAAACUGCAAGCGAGGGCGAGAGAACGAAAAGAGAUGGAAGAAGACCUUCUCGGACCCCCCAAGAACCUCCACCACCACGCCCUAGCAAGAGAAUUCGACGGGGAGGGACACGACAAAACACCUCUCUCUUCGGCGUCUCCUCCUCUUCCGUCGUCCUCUUCAUCAUCAUCAUCAUCUUCUUCUCCUUCUCUUUCUUCUUCUCCCCCUCCUCUUCCGCCUUCUUCUCCUCCUUCGCCUUCUUCUUCUCUUCCGCCUUCUUCUUCUCUUUCUCCUCCUCCCCCUUCUUCUCCUCCCUCUCCUCCUUCUUCUUCUCCUUCUUCUUCUCCUCCUGUGCCUGACGAUUCCGUGGAGGUCGACACAGAAGAGAUAACAGACGAGUGGAUCGAGAAAUUUCCAGGGCUGCAGGCCUCGAUCGCCGAAGAGCGCCAGUGGCUAGCCCAGUUUCCGCUCAAGACGCGCGAGGGCAAGCACCUCGUCCCGGCUCCAGAGGCGCCGCAGGAAGGCCCAGAAGACGAGGCAGUGCGCGAGGCGCGGCACAAAAGGCUCGAGGAGCAGAAGAAAGAGCGGGAGCGACAGAAGCGGAAACAGGCCAGGAAUCCGUACGGAAUUAAAGUGGUGGAUUUAGAUGGGAAGAGCGGCCGCAAAACCCCCGAAUUCAUGAGCAACUGGAGUCUCGAGAGAAGGCGGGAGUUCCAGCGCGAAGUCGUGCACGACUUGGAGCAGAACAUCCGGCGCUGUCAGCAGACGAAGGAGGUGCUGUCGAUGGCGGAUGUGACUCGCCACCUGCAGACGUUUCUGAACUUCUCAGAGGAGGAAAUCGCGGACGUCUGGAGGGCUGGGCACGCCGAGGCUUCGCGCUUCAUCGCCGACCCCCGCCGCGACCUCGAGAACUUGAAGCAGAACCAAGAGAAACGCAAGACGCACUGGGCCCAGCACGAGCUCUUCUUCCCCCUCGCACGCGACGCGCCUGCGGACUCGGAAGCGAAAGUGGAAAAGAUCCAAGUCGUCGACCUGAUGGCUGGUCCGGGCCCCGACGUCGCGUCCCCACACACCCUCGGAUUCAGAGUCUUGCAAACAGAAUACGACCGGCCUCUUCAUCAGCGAUGGGAGGAAAUGUCGGAGCGAGACCAACUCGAGUAUCGCGUGAAGCUUCGGGAAAAGGAGGCGCGUCUCGACAUGCUCCUCUGCGAGCUCAUGGAAUCCACCGACGAGUCGAUGUUCCCUGUCAUUUGCGACCAGUACAAAGAUCUGCUGAUGGACGAGCACUUUCUGUUGAUCAUGAAACUCCGGAUUCGGGAGCGGCCGCCUCGAACGCGGAAGGAAAAGGACAUUUUCGUCAUUGUCAACAAAUUCACAGUUUCGCUCUACGAAGACGUCGAGGCUCUGGCGCUCCAGAAUGAGAAGGAGCAGCUGAAAAAAAUCCGCCUUCUCUGCAUGCAAGCUCUCGUCGACAUCGACAAACUCACGGAAUACGCCGAGUCGAUGAAGCAGCUGCUCAACCGCGACUUCCUGGCGUACCUCGAGUUCGCCAUUCACGCAGAGCGAAAGCGCAUCCAGAAAGAAGGAAACAAUCCGGACGCUGCGCCGUCGCAGUGGUUGAUGGUCCUCAUGAUCAUUCACAAGGGAGUUAUGGCCAUCUACGAAAAGGAAAUCUGGGAGGACGUCCUGUGGAUCACCAAGGUCGUGACGCAGAAGCAGCCGGAAGUCCGCCGGAAACUGCUGGAGCUCUUCGUCGCGCAAAUCCCCAAGGCAGACUGGAAACAGUUCAAACGCGUCGCCCUCAGAAUGGCCGGCGCCCUUGCGCAGGGAGGAGGCGUCCACGGCCCUCUUUCCUUCCCGUCCUGUCCGUGGGUGCCUGCGGCGGUGCACCAACUGGCGAGGGACUUGGACCGGAUUCUGCCCGACUGGAUGAUCGAGGGCAUGAUGACGGACUUUGAUAAACAAGUGUUGAAGCAAAAAAUGGUAGCAGAGACACUCCGGGAAACCGCGUUCUUCUCUUGCCCCGUCCACGGGCGUUUCGCGAUCUCCCCUUCUCCACGCGCCUCGCAAUGCCAAGCGCCUCCCCAUUGA